CCCGCUUCCUCUACCCAUAUCACCCUAUGCAUCCAAGCAGCGCUGGAACGCGAUAGAGAAGCGGUACGAAUACAUUCGAUCGCUCGGCCACUCAGCGCUCUCCUGCUGAAACACCCUGACCGCACAAGGCACCCCUCUUGACCAUGACCUCCUCGCCUCCCAACUUGCUCUCACCCUUGGCCUUGCCAUUUGACAUGGAUGCGACACUCUCCUCCUCUUCGCCAGAGCAGCAGGAGCAAGAACAGACGCUGCCCAACGAGCUCCUCCGGCACAUCUUCCUCUACCUCGACCCUCACACCCUCUACACGUCCGUGCGGGGGCUCAACGCACACUGGCAGCGCGCCGUCGAGCACGAUCUCCUCCAUGACCUCUUCCGCACCCGCACCUGGCGCGUCGGACUCCGCGUCAGCCGCAAGCCUAGGCUGCCGUCCGAGGCGCACGAGGGCUCUCUCUCUCCUCCUCAUCAGCAGCAGCAGCACGACCCACCAGCAUCCGCAAGCAUAGAGAUCGGAGAGGAAGAAGCGGCAGAGUCAGCCGAGCAGCUCAAGUGCCGAAUGGCGCGCCAGGAGGCAGAGAUGCGCGAAGUGCUUGGAACACCCCACAUUACAGAGGAUGACGUGCUCUCGCUUGCCAACACGCAUGCCGCACUCAAUAGGCGCAUGGCCGCCGCGAGUUCUCGCCGCUCGCGCGCCGAUGCCUUCUCUGCAUCUCGCAUGCGCAUGCGGAAACCUAACCGGCCCAUCGUGCACGUCGUCCCGCUCGUCUUUGACGCAUACCGACCCGGCAGCACGUCGCUCGCCUUCAGCACCGGUGACGAAUGGCACGCGCUCUUUGAUGGCUUGGACAUCGAGCACGGCAGCCGCCUCGAGCUCGACUUUGGCCUCUGCUGGCGCUUUCCCGGCGACGGCCAGGAUCCGGAUUGCGAGCGCAAGCGCGAUUGCCACAUGGCGGGCGGCAGCGUGCUCAUCGAUGAGGAGGAGGGGGACGACGAGCAGGAGCUACUGGAAAAAUAUUGGGGCACGCCGGACGUCGAAAAUGGCUGGCUGAGUCGCUUCUACUGCGUGCGUUGUCCGAUCACACCAUCCCCACAGGUCUUGGCUCGGGCCCUCCCGCCCGCGCUCGAAAUUUCUUUGCACUGACACUGUUUCUCCCCUUGUGUCCCUUUUUGCAGUCGAGCUACGACCUCAAGCGCCCCUGCUCCGCCCCCGAAGAGGAGGAGGGGGAUGCAGAAGAGCAAGGCCGGCCGCGCAUCCUGCGCACCACUCCGCUUGCCAGGCGUGUCCGCAGGGUCGCGCUCCACCCGUCAAUCCCGGGUAUCAACGGCGACGGCGAUGAUGAGAGUGCGGAUGCGGGUGCGAAUGGUGAUGCCAGCAGGCUCACGUGGUCCGACGAGGCGCAUGAGUACGCCCAGCUACGCGUCGAGCUCGGCAUCGAGUUCUUCAC